AUGCCUUCAAGAGAUGCAAAGACCGAACCUUGGAGUCCUUCUCAUGAAGAUAUGGAGAGAAGCCUUGGUGAUGUCGUCUUGCACCGUCCUCCUGGUAGUCCACCUCCCCCUUACUCGCCAGAGGACACCCCGCGUGCCGCUCUGAGCAAUCCAGCGUGGACCCGACUUCAUUCGGCGCCUCGUGAAAACUUCAAAAACAGUCCUCUCCUGCGUCUUCCAGAUAGCCUUCUCACCAAAAUCAUGUCCUUCACCGACGUGGACAGCCUUCUCCGCCUGCGUCAUACCUCGCGCACCUUUAUGCGCCUCUUCUCCUCGUCUGAGAAAUUCGCGGAUCUGCGCUUUGCCAACUGCACUGGGGGAGCGCAAGCCAGGACAAAUGUCUGGCGGACACCCAAUUGCAAAUAUCCAGAGCAAAGAGAAUCAACGUUGUGCUCUUCUUGCGAAUACCGUCGCGGAUACAAUGAACAGACAAUCGUCAACAACAUGGCACAACUCUGGUGCUCGAGAUGCCGCAGGCUGCACUCUGCGAUGCACUUUUCUAGCCAUGAACGUCAAAACAAACGAGACAGGGACAGAAGUUGCAUCGGCUGGGCAGAACAUGUCAAGCUGUGCUCUGACGUGUUUCUCGACUGGGACCUGGUUCUUGCCUUGGCCAGUUCCACCGGGGAUGGAUCCAAUAGCCUUGUCUGCAAUCAGCAUGACGACAAUGGCUGGAACUGCAGCCGCAUAAAGUGUACCUUCGAGAAUGGUGUGAGAGUGCUCGUCUGGACCAGGGAGGACGGCCGGUACGAGCUUGAAUUCACAUCCUCUAGCCAUAUCCCUUUUAACAGAGGCCCAUCUGGCGAGAAACCCGGCUGGUAUAGUGUCUUUAAUGCCAUUCAUGAGGUCACGAACCCCAAAGACCCAUACUGCUUCUUGGCUAGCCGUCGCUUCGAAGGCUGUGAUCCGAUGCGCAUGUUUGACCCCAGCCUCUGCAGCUGCUUAGACUGGAAUCUCCUGCCUAGCGAUACUGACACAAGCACCCAAAACUGCUUCAAAUGGCACCUGGGCGGGAAUGUCUGCCGCCGCUGGCGCUGCAAAGCAGACUUUGGCGAGUACGCUGGCUCCGACUUCACCGAGUGCGAUCCCGAAACUGACCGCUGCCACGGGUCUCGCCAUGGGUUCGACGCAGACUUGGGCCCCGGCCGCCUAGUCAGCAUCGACUUUGUCAACUGCCCAGACGACGGCAACAUGUUGGUGCUGGUGCAGCGCACCCACUUGAUCGUGGAGGGGCCCACGGAUCCCAACUGGGUGCAGCUCAUCUGCCCGCAGAGCAUCCUUCAGACCAGAGACACGGAUAUGCUCGGCAAAACAUGGUGCUACAGCAAGAUCUGCGCCGUGAGCAAGAGGCCCGGCUGCAUCACGCGGCGGUCACUGCUCGAUCUGGAAUGGCGACUUUCUCAUCCAAACUGGGGGGCUGACUAUUAUGAUGAUGUUGAUGAGGAGGAGGAGGAGGAGGAGGAGGAGGAGAAUAUGGGGGAUUAUGAUGGGGACAGCAGUAACGAAGCCAUUGACAGUGUCGAGGAGGAGGGCAGCGAGGCGAGGAACGGCUUUGACGGGGCGAUUGACGAUGAUCGGGUGUUUGUCACUGCCGGAGAGGAUGACACUGACGAGGAGAGGGCAAAGACAGCGCCUGUAUUGAAGUCUGAUCCUAAUUUGUUUUCGGAUCAACUGUUGGAAUAUCAUCACUUGAUUUUUUGA